AUGUCUGUCGAAUCCCAAAAUAUUUACGACAACCCAGAGUUCUUCUCUGCGUACGGAGACCUACCUCGAUCCCAGCAUGGUCUGCCGGCCAUACCAGAAUGGCCCAUCCUGGAGGAGAUGAUCCUCAACCCCAAGUCAUCCCCCGUAGGGUUAUUAGAAAACCCUCUGAAAGGAUCUCGGAUUCUCGACCUAGGGUGUGGCUACGGCUGGUUCAUCCGCUGGGCUCGCGAGAAAGGCGCUGGUUACGUGAAAGGAGUCGAUCUUUCCCAAAAUAUGAUCAACCGAGCAAAGGAGUUCGAGGCUGAGAUCAAUCACCUGGUUGUACCAGCCCCGACUACAGAAGUCAUCUUCGAAAUUGAUGAUCUGGAGACUAUAAACCUGAGUCAGUGCCAUGAACAAGGACUAUACGAUUUGGUUUAUAGUUCCCUGGCGUUUCACUACGUUGAGGAUAUCGUACGACUCUUUCGUGAAAUACACAGCUGUCUGAAAAAGGGCAGUACCCAUGGGCGAAGGGGAAGAUUCAUCUUCUCUGUUGAACACCCUAUUUUAACUGCCCCAGUCCAUCCAGAACCGGCCUAUAAGAUGAUUCGGGAAGCAGGUGAAGACCGGAAAGUGUGGCCAUUGAAUUCUUACACCAGCGAGGGCCUGCGCUUGUCUACCUGGCUGGGAGUAGAGGGAGUGAGAAAAUAUCAUCGCACUGUUCAGACUUAUGUCACAGCUUUGCUUGAAAAUGGAUUUGUGUUGACCGGAUUGAAGGAGUGGUGCCGUUCAAAGGAGAAUGUCGCAGGUCAAUCAGAAGGCAACACUGAUGGACACCGUCCAAAUUUUCUGCUGAUUUCCGCCGAGGUGAGGGAAUGA